AUGUCUGGAUCGUCUGAACCACCCAAGUACACCAAAACGCCCCUCCACGUCAUUCAAGCACGGAUUGAAAAGCUUAAGAAAAACUUGGAUCUCUUUGACGUCCAAGUUACCACUCCACUUCAAUUUCGUGAGCUUCAAUUAGAUAGUGAAGGGAAUAGAGUAGAGGGAGGAUCAGAAGCUUCUGACACUUCAGUUGUUCCAUCACCACACCAAAUGCCACCUCCAUCACCUCGUGCACUCUUAGUCAUUCAACCACCACCACCACCAAUGGCUCUCACCAUCAGGCAACUCUCUACAUCUGUGAUCCCACCUGGUGGCGUUCUAACUUGUAUAACCUACCCUGCUACAGCUGAGGGGGGUUCACAUGGACAAGUCAUGGUGUGUGGAGUUUGUUCUACGCAAGGGCAUGCGUCUAACCAAUUCCCUCAACUCAUGGAGGAAGGAGGACAAGAAGGUGUCAACGCCAUAGGUUUCCAACAAGGGUACCAACGUCCUAGGAAUGAUCCAUAUUCGAAUACUUACAAUCCUGGAUGGAGGGAUCACCCUAAUUUUCGUUGGAAGGACAAUGAGAACGCUCAAAGUGCACCUCAAGGCUUCCAACCACGUCCUCAAGGCUUUUAUCAAAAGCCUCAACCUCCUAACCCUACUCCUUUCAAUUCGAAUUUUAAUUCAAAUGCUUCUUCUUCUUCUUCUAAUGAUGAAUUGAUCCGAACUCUAACUAAGUCUACUCAAGCUUUAAUUGCAGGUCAAACUCAUCAUGGGAAUCAAAUCAAUGCUAUAUCUACGGAUGUGAAUGAGAUGAAGAAGCAAAUGAGUCAAGUUGUGGAGUUUAUGGGUAAGUUUCAUGAGCAAGGUAAACUACCAAGUGGUACCAUCCCAAAUCCUCACUUUGAGCAAGCCAAAGUCGUCACUACAAGGAGUGGUAAGACCCUUGUAGAUCCUCCAACGCCUCCCAAAAAGAUCUCAACGUCCAUUUUAGAGGAGGAGGAUGACCCUGCAACGUCUAAGGCUCAUGUGACACCUCCUACUGCAGAACCGAAACCUAAAGGACAAGUUUCUAACUCUUUCAAUUCGGUUAUUGCUAAUCCAUCUUCUUCUCCUUUGCCUUUCCCAAGCAGAUAUGCUAGAUCCAAGAAAGAUGAGGCCGAAAAGGCCAUCUUGGAGACCUUCAAGAAAGUGCAAAUCAACAUCCCUCUCCUUGAGGCCAUUAAGCAAAUUCCUAAGUAUGCCAAAUUCUUGAAAGAGCUUUGCACCACAAGGAGACAAAACCGUGAGAGAGAAGUGGUGAAGGUAAGUGAGAACGUCUCAGCUGUGCUUCAACGCAAAAUGCCUGACAAAUGUAAGGAUCCAGGGAGUUUUUCUAUCCCUUGUGUUAUUGGAACCACUAGAUUCGAAAAUGCCAUGCUAGACUUAGGUGCUUCUAUAAAUGUCAUGCCUUAUUCUGUUUAUGAAACUCUAGGUCUAGGUGAGCUUAAACAUGAUAAUGUUAUUAUUCAGUUGGCAGAUCGAUCUAAUGCAUACCCUAAGGGGUUAGUUGAGGAUGUACUUGUGCAGGUGGGUGAGCUAAUCUUCCCAGCUGAUUUUUACGUCCUAGAGAUGGAGGAGCCUUCUCCAAAGUCAACGCCACUUUUGCUAGGUCGUCCCUUCAUGAGGACGGCUAGGACUAAAAUUGAUGUGUAUUCUGGCACCUUGUCAAUGGAAUUCGAUGGAGAAGUUGUUGGCUUUAACAUUUUCGAAGCUAUGAGGUAUCCCCUAAGUGAUUUUCAAUCAUGUUUUUCUAUUGAUAUACUUGAUAAACUUGCGCAGAAAUUCAUGGAGAUUAUGGAGGAUGAUGCCAUGGCUUCAACCAUUGCAAGUGGCGUUGGCAUUCUUGAGAAUGGCGCCACCAUACCUAAGGAAGAGCUCACGGAUUCUUAUGAAUCCAUCCACCUAGAAAACGUUGCUUCUCUUGAGGCAACGACCUAUGCACCUACCCUAGAGUUAAAGCCAUUACCAGAUCAUUUGAAGUAUGUUUAUUUGGGAGAUAAAGAGACGUUGCCAGUAAUUAUAUCUUCAUCAUUGACGUCUACUCAAGAGGACAAGCUUGUGGAGAUGCUUAGGAGGCACAAGACUGCAAUUGGUUGGACUUUAGCAGACAUUAAGGGAAUUAGCCCUACCACUUGUGUCCACAGGAUUUUGCUUGAGGAGGGAGCUAAGCCAACUAGGGAGGCUCAAAGACGAUUGAAUCCACCCAUGAAGGAAGUUGUGAAGAAAGAAGAAGUGGCGUUUGAGUUUGAUGAGGAUUGCAAGAAGGCAUUCAACACUUUGAAGGAGCUUCUAACGUCUGCACCAAUUAUGCUUCCACCAGAUUGGUCUCUACCCUUUGAGAUCAUGUGUGACGCCUCUGAUUAUGCCAUUGGGGCCGUGCUAGGACAAAGAAGGGACAAGAAGCCCCACGCCAUCUACUAUGCUUCUAGGACCCUUAAUGAUGCUCAACUCAAUUACUCUACAACUGAAAAAGAACUUUUAGCUGUUGUUUUUGCCUUAGAGAAAUUUCGAUCUUAUUUGUUGGGUACUAAAGUUAUUAUUUAUUCUGAUCAUGCAGCUCUGAGGUGCCAAAGAACUGGUAAUUUAGGACCUAGAGAUCAAAUGCCUUUAACUCCUGUUAUAAUAGUCGAAAUCUUUGACAUAAAGAGCCAUAUUACUGGAGCAGAAUUCAAGGUGAAUGGACAUCGUCUUAAGCCUUAUUAUGAGGCGUUUGUGGAGCAUAAUGUGGAGGAUGUACCCCUCCAGGAGGCGCCACAACCAGAAGAAUAA